AUGGCGGAUCUUGUCGACCAUUCCCCCCACCAUCCCACCAAAGCUGCCCGCCUGGAUAGCGCCUCCAAUGUCAUUCUGAUUGACAAUUACGACUCUUUUACUUGGAACGUCUACCAAUACUUGGUGCUUGAAGGGGCAACCGUCACCGUCUUUCGCAAUGACGAAGUUACCGUGGAGGACUUGGUCGCAAAGAAGCCGACGCAACUGGUGAUCAGCCCCGGGCCCGGGCACCCUCAAACGACGCCGCAAUGUAUUAUCCAAUCGUUUGGUGGCAAGGUUGAUGUGACGGGCGAAAUUCUCCACGGCAAGACUUCUGUGUUGAAGCACGAUGCCAAGGGUGUCUAUGAAGGCCUACCUACGAUCCUUUCGGUCACUCGUUAUCACUCGCUUGCUGGAACCCAUUCGACUAUUCCGGACUGCAUGGAGGUGUCUUCCUGGGCCGAAUUGGAGAACGGUAGCGGGAACAGCGUUAUCAUGGGUGUGAGGCACAAGGAGCUUGCGGUGGAGGGUGUGCAGUUUCACCCGGAGAGCAUUUUGACGGAAUAUGGACGAAUGAUGUUCAGGAACUUCCUCAAGCUCAAUUCAGGCACCUGGAGUGGAAACAAGAAGGUUGCGACUGCUCCAGCUAGCGCCCCGGCUCAGCCCGCUGCUCCUACCGAGAAGAAGAUCUCUAUCCUGGAGAAGAUCUACGCUCAUCGCAGAAAUGCCGUUGAAGAGCAGAAGAAAAUUCAUGCAUCGCGGCCGGAAGCCCUCCAGGCUGCUUACGAUUUGAACAUUGCGCCCCCGCAAAUUUCUUUCCCAGAUCGUUUGAGGCAGUCGGAUUAUCCCCUGUCCCUUAUGGCAGAGAUCAAGCGAGCUUCUCCCUCCAAGGGUAUAAUUUCGGCCGAUGUGUGCGCGCCUGCCCAAGCACGCGACUACGCUAAGGCUGGUGCCAGCGUCAUCUCUGUGCUGACCGAGCCUGAGUGGUUCAAGGGUACCAUUGACGAUCUCCGUGCAGUCCGCCAGAGCUUAGAAGGAUUCACCAACCGACCAGCCAUUCUACGAAAGGAAUUCAUCUUUGAUGAAUACCAAAUUCUCGAGGCGCGCCUCGCUGGCGCUGAUACCGUUCUACUGAUUGUGAAGAUGCUCAGCACCGAUCUUCUCACACGUUUAUACAACUACUCUCGCAGCCUCGGAAUGGAGCCUCUUGUCGAAGUCAACACGCCCGAGGAGAUGAAGAUCGCUGUGGACCUAGGAUCCCAGGUGAUUGGUGUCAACAACAGAGAUCUGACCAGCUUUGAGGUUGAUCUCGGCACUACAAGUCGCCUCAUGGACCAAGUGCCGGAAAGCACCAUCGUCUGUGCCCUCAGUGGAAUCACAGGCCCCAAGGAUGUUGAGGCAUAUAAGAAGGAUGGAGUCAAGGCUAUCCUCGUGGGUGAAGCUCUGAUGCGCGCUGCCGAUACCUCGGCUUUCGUAGCACAACUUCUUGGUGGAUCCUCCGGCAAGGCUUCGACAUCGCCUAAGGCACCCUUGGUAAAGAUCUGUGGCACACGAUCAGAGGAGGCUGCCAAAGCCGCCAUCGAAGCCGGCGCGGAUUUAAUUGGCAUUAUCAUGGUCCACGGAAGGUCAAGACUGGUCCCGGAUGAUGUGGCUCUACGCAUCUCUCAAGUCGUAAAGUCUACGCCCCGACCUGGAGUUGAGUCUCAGCAAGUAUCGAAGGCGACUUCGUCAGAAUGGUUUGAGAAUUCUGUCAAUGUGCUGCGUCACCCAUCCCGAGCCCUACUUGUCGGUGUAUUCAUGAAUCAACCUUUGUCAUACGUUCUUUCUCAACAGCAAAAGCUGGGGCUCGACGUUGUUCAGCUUCAUGGCUCGGAGCCUUUGGAAUGGGCGAGCUUGAUUCCUGUCCCCGUGAUUCGCAAAUUUGCGCCAGGUGACAUCGGUAUUGCACGUCGGGCAUACCAUACGCUGCCGUUGCUGGAUUCUGGUUCCGGCGGGUCUGGUGAACUUCUAGCAGAGACGGGCGUUCAGAAGGCCCUUGACAGUGAUGAAGGGCUGCGAGUCAUCCUUGCUGGUGGUUUAAAACCUGAAAAUGUCAUUGACACCGUCAAUAAGCUAGGCAAGUCAGGAGCUAAUGUGGUGGGAUUGGAUGUCAGCUCCGGGGUCGAAACGAAUGGCUCACAGGAUUUGAGCAAGAUCAGAGCCUUCGUUCAGGCCGCCAAAAGUGUUUCCUCAUGA